AUGCGAUCGUCUAAGCUUCACGAUAUUUCUGCAAUGAAUACGAUUCGCAGUUGUGAUGGAAAUUUCACGGAGGAAACAAAUGGCCUGUUAUCUGAUGCUCAAACUGUGAUUAAACACCAGGUUCCGAAUGAUCCAUCUGGCUUGAACGCAGCUUACUAUCGUGAUACUGGUGUCACCUUACCUUUAAACAGCCAUCUUAUGCCACCAAAAUCUGUUAUACAAGAUGACAUACAAAAUGUUUGGUUUAUUUUUCCGGUCCUUGACACAAUUACUGGAGCUCGUCUGCCGUACGUGGCUUGUUAUGCAUGCAAAGUGCUCUAUACAGAUACAGGUGGUGGAACAGGAAAUAUGACUCGUCACAGAUGUCCGAUUGGCAGUAGCUAUAAGGAUAGCAGCAUGAGCUCAUCAGCGGAAUCAACAAAUGACACUUCUGGCAAGCAAUUUUUUGAAACCCUUUCAUCAGGAUAUGUCAGUCAGUUGUCUCCCGACACAUCUGCUGCGUACAGAAGGGAUUCUCCAGCACCACCUUCAUCAUCACAUAUAAGUCUUACGGCGCAGUCAUCAUUUGAGACAUCAUUUAGUGAAUAUGAUCGCCGAAUAUUUUGCAAUGCAAUUAUGCGAUGUUGUGCUAUCGAUUUACUUCCACCUGCUAUUUUUCAGGGAGAAGGAAUGCACGGUGUUAUCGAAACAGCCAUAUCAAUUGGGCGACGUUGUCGGUGUCCAGAUCGUCAAGCAAUUUCAACACUUAUUCCUGAAACUUCUACCCUGAGUCAGGUUAUUGAGGCUAACACAGCAAUGAUGCUGUCAGAAUUGACUGCGGAAGUAGGACAGAUUUCCCGUACAUCUGGUUUCUCGUUUUCGGUAGAGCGCGUUGCAAAUGAAGAUGAUAUUGCUGUUAUUUCAGCUAAUUAUAUCACAGCAGAAUGGAAAUACAAACAUCGUGUUGUGAAUGUUGAUACAAUAGAAAAGAUGAAAACAAGAUUGGGAACAAUGGUCCGAGAAGCGGGUGAAUCUAAAAGGCUUUUAUGUGUUACGGAAAACAUUCCGAGUUGUAGUGGACAAGCUCAUCUUUACUGUAUAUGUUAUACACUGAAUAAUCUCAUCCAUGAAAUUUUCGAAGAGUUAUGCGAUCAGAGACACAAUGUGUUUGCCAUUUUUAUGGAAUGCCAGAAAAUAGUUGCUGCGAUAGAAAAGUUGGGCUUAGAUCGUUGGAUUGAUCCACCAGUUGAAAAAAGGGCUGGACAACUUGAUUACUUAUUUUAUGGUUAUGAAAUCUUAAAGUACGUUAAAGAUUGCGUUCAGCAUUUGCCCAUUUCACAAUAUCCAGAUAUUAUGGUACUGGUACGAUCGAUUGAUUGGUCAGUUGCUGAUGAAAUACGAAAAUAUUUGGAACCAUUUCAUAUUAUGGCAUCAAUUUUCAAUAAUAAAUCAACAAUAUCUUUUCAUAUGGUGCAACCAGAAUGGUUCGCAUUGAUUCAUGAAUUCUCAUCAGAUGAUGACGGUGAUGUGAACAAUAACGAUACAUUGAGCUGGGCAUGUGCGCUGAGACGGAAAACGGAAAAUGUAUUAAGAAGUGCUACGGAAUCAGUAAUUAUGCCGGAGCAUCGUAUGGCAACUGUGUUGAAUCCUCGUCUCAAACAUCUUCCAAUUAUUUGUUCAGACGAAGAAAGAUCACAAACUUACUCAAGAAUACGGAAAUUAAUCGGAACAUCUGAAAUGAAAAAUCUAAAAAGCGAUGAAUUUCUUUCUGGUACAAGUGAUGGAGAGCCACCAAAGAAGCGAAUAUCAUUUUUGAGCUCACUAGAAGAUCAUGCAGUUAUUGAUGAUGAAUUGGAGUGUUACUUACGUUCGCAGUAUCCAGCAUCUCAAACAAAAGAUGUGCUGCAGUUUUGGUCCACUGUUGGUCAGGCGCAAUUUCCAUAUUUGUCGCUGUUGGCUCGAUUUCUUCUUUCCAUCCCAGCUGCUUGUGUAGUCCAUAAAAGUCAGAACGUUUUGAAAUUAACUCCGGAACACCUGUCAAGCUUACUUUUGUUACGAUCAUCAUAUACGCAAACAGUUUCUGGUGGACAAAGUCUACUUGCUUAA